AUGGCGCAGGAUUACUCGCGCGCCAUCAUCCACUCGCUGUUCUCGCCGAACAAGGAGACGGGCCAGCCAGCCCAAGAGAGCUUCAUUGCGUACGUGCAGACAUCCGAAGACCAGCCAGGCUCGACCCAGCGCAAAUCGCGCUUCCUCAUCCUCUCUGCACUGCGAGACGGACGCUACAAGCUCCACAAGGCGAAGCAGAAUGCGAACGGGUCGUUUUCGAUAGGAAAGACAUGGGCGCUCGAGGACUUGCAGAGAGUCGAGGUUGGCAAGCGUCUCGUGUCGGGUCGGAUGCAGCCCCUCGAGUUCACGCUCGUGAUCAACAGCAAGACGUACAGAUACGACACGGAGCUGCCGUCGUCGCAGCAGGCGAUGUUUCUCGUGACCGUCGUGCGGUGUUGGCGAAGAUACAUGAACGGUCGAGGUCAGCCGGACCUGAUUCUCGUCGGCUUCUCGGUCGACGCGACCAACACCGGCACGGCCCCUCCCGCUUCUUCCUCCGCUGCUCCUCCUCGUCCUCCUCGACCUUCUGUUUCUGCCGCCUCCGGCCAGACCAAUUCCGCUUACGGUUCACAGCGGCCAUCGUACUCUUCUCAAACCGGCCCCGAUCGACCACCUCCCCGCGCUGAGAACGGCCAGCCUCCAAGCGCUUCUGCUCCUCCGACACGCCCAGCCGCAAGUCGAUCAGCUUCGGGAAGCGAGCGAGGAGAACAGGACCCGCACGCGGCUCGUCAGCCUCAAGCAGGUCCGCGACCUUCCAACGCCUCGACGUAUUCGGUCAACGGAAACCGCCCUCCUUCGCCUCGAAGACCGUCAGGUCCUAGCCUCGCCGACUCGACAUCCCGAGCACCGCCAGCUGCACCUCGUCCAGCCGGACCGUCCCUCUCCUCCUCGACGUCGGCCGUCCCGCCGCAUCUUCAACCGCAGAACCAGCAGCGCAAACCAUCCGGCAUUCCUCCUGAUGCUCGACCACCUCCUCCACCUUCAUCCUCCUCCGCGAUGGGCCGAGACGUCUCAGCAGGAAGUGCAGGGAGCGCGAAACGAGAAGUCGUCGGGAUGGGAAUCGACUUUGGCGGGUCGGGCAUGAAUGGCGGAGGCGAGAAGAAGCCGCAGCCGGCGACAAGUCGACCAUCCACUGGUGGGGGAGAACCGAAGUCUCGGCCAGCCACCUCUGGGUCCGCUCAGCCUCCCGCUGCGUCAACGCCUCCGAUCCCGACUCGCAAGGCGACAACCGACGAAGCCCUCGAUUCUCAGACGGUCCUUUCGAACGUCGAAGAGAUGCUCGAAGGCUUCGAGUGGCGAGGAGGUCUUGGCGGGUCCAGUAUGAGCGCCGGCGGCGACGGUUCGAUGGUCGCGGGCGGGAAGAGCCGCAGCAAGGCGGACGAAAUGGAGCGAAGGUUGAUCAGCGAGCUGAAGGCGCUAGAGGCGGCCUCAAUUCACGCCAUCAUGGAGUCGGAUGACCGCGUCGAGGGCGUCGUCAAGCAACUCGACGAUGCACUGGCUGAGCUGGAUAAGCUCGAUCUGAUGGUCGGGUUGUACAAGACUCAGCUGAACCUCAUGACGGACGACAUCGCGCAUAUCGAGUCGCAGAACCGUGGUUUGCAGGUCCAGACCUCGAACCAGCGCGCUCUUCUGUCGGAGAUCGACAAGCUCAUGUCGACUAUCCACAUCCCGGAGAGCGACCUCAGCGCGCUCGUCCAGGAGUCGCUCGAGAGUCAGCAGGGUAUCGAGAAGCUCGAGCGGAGCGCAGUGUCGCUGUACAAGGCGUUGCUCAGUACGCGCGAUACAGCUGUUGGCGACAUGGCCGCCGCCUCCGAACGCGUCGGCGAGUACCGCGCCAAGGCAUCGCAGUUCUCGAAGCGGGUCUUCGACUUCUUGUCCAUCAUGUUCAAGUUCCAGGUCGACCAGGUCCUCAACCCGAAGGACCCGUCAGCACGUCCUGCAAAGGGGACGCUGCCGAGUCACAGCGGACUGGAAGACUUUCUCGGACGGUACUGCGGCUUGAUGCUCUUCAUCAAGGAGAUCGACCAGCAGCGGUAUCAGCAGAUCUGCAGCGCCUAUUUCACCGCCAUGAGCGACUUGUACCGUCGCGAGAUCCAGGACUUGAUGAACCAUCUCCGUGGUCAGGUCAAGAAGGCGACGGACGACGAGUUGGAAGCGAGCUUCACAGGCAAAGACUCGCCUACGCUUCGCCAGCAAUCUAUCAAGCGCGUCGGUACCAUCGCGCGGAGUCCGCUUGAAGGCGGUAAGAAGGAGAAGGACCGGGAUGGCAGGUUCUCGGCGAGCGAGGCUUUCACUCGAGCGCUCCAGCAGAUCACGCCUCAUCUCGGGCGGGAGCAGAACUUCAUCUCCGACUUCCUCCACAUCAAUGCCGUUGAUGCGUCGAUCACCUUUGCCGACUACAUGAUGCUCGAGACCUUCUUCCGACGAGGCGCGUCCAACUACCUCGCUGAGCAAGCGAAGCAGGGCAAGCUCAAGGAUGUCAGGGCGGCAAUGGAGCUCGUCUUCGGCUUCUUCGAGGGCGAGCUGCGAGACUGGAUCGAGGGCGUCCUUCAGAAGGACUCGAUGCAAAUCGUCGGCAUCCUUGCUGUCCUCGACCGGUUCGUCCUGCGAGGGGAGGAGGACCACAACGAAUUCCUUUCGCGGACGCUGCAGAAGCAGUAUCAGCGGUCCCUCGCUGCUCUCGAGCGUUCCUGCAAGGAGCAAAUCCGCAGCAUCGAGCAGACCAAGCUCACCCUCAAGAAGCGGAAGGGCGUCGUGCCCUUCGUUCGCGUGUUUCCGAUGUUCGUCGCCCGCAUCGAGUCGCAGCUGGACGGCGCCGACGACCUCAACAUCCGCAAGAUCGUCAACUCGCAGUACGAGCGGAUCGUCGCGACCAUGUUCGACUGCCUGCAGCAGAUGGCCAAGAUGGACGGGGAAGGCCACGGCUCGGCUGGCGAGGGCAAGGACCAGCUCAACUACCAUGUCAUCCUCAUCGAGAACAUGCAUCACAUCAUCGCCGUCUUUUCGAGCAAGCAGAAGGUCCCAGCUCUCGCGCCUUUCGUCUCGCAGGCCCGCGAGAAGUACGACCAGAACCUGGCAGCUUACAUUCGGCUCAUCCUACGGCGACCGCUCGCACGGCAGCUCGACUUCUUCGCCGGUCUCGAACGACUCCUUCGCACGACCCCGCCGACUGAAGUCUCCCUCCACUCCGCCUACACUCGCUCAGCGCUCCGUCGAGUAACCGCCGACAUUCGCGCUAAGGACCUGCGCAAGGCUAUCGACGCUCUCUACAAGCGCGUUGACAAGCACUUCGGCGUCGACGUCGCCAACCAGGCGGCCGAGCACACGGACGUGCUCAAGACCGUUUGGAAGGCUUGCGAGGACGAGGUGACGAAGACCAUCGCCGAGUGGAAGAGUCUCGUCGCAAAGUGCUACCCGGACGAGAAGGGCGGCGGCAUUGAAGUCGGCCGACAGGAGAUCCACACAUUCUUCUCGAACGCUCACAUCUCAUAG